UGCCAAGUAUGAGUUUUCAUGAAAAAUCGAGCGAACGCGACAUUUCCGGAACUGACCACAUCCGGAAACGAAAGCGUCAUCUAAGCUGCACCGGCAAAGGCGGCGCAGGAAAUUUCGUAAGAUCGACGAGAAUAUUGAAUUUCGUAGGAAUUAAAUAAAAAAAAAAAUCCAACCGUAUACUUAAUUCGGAAAAUCUUUAAAAAUUUUGGAAAAACUUAACAAUGUUUUUGACGUAUUAAUUUUUCAUGUCAAAUUCCGCGCAAACCAUCAAUGACGGCGAGGCAAUCGGUACAGUAGACAGGGUGGGUGGUGUCAGGAGGUCAUCGAGCUCCAGACAGGUUCGUAAGAAGAUAAAUAAAAAAUCUCCAGCAUCCAAGGAAUCCUGGCAAAGUCUCCACGAUGCCGUAGUUCCAAAAAUAUCAAAUGAAAAAUUUCAAAAUAAAUCUGACGAAGAUGAUUCCUCGGGCGCUUCUAUAGGCGACAUAUGUCGUAUCUGUCAUAUGGGCGGAUUUCCACCCUUAACGAAUUCACCGCCAAUUUGGGAAUGGCAGAAUCAAACAGCCCGUUCAGUGGACAGUCAAAUGUCGACCCUGUCAACCUACGCUUAUCUGGGUCCAUUGAUAUCAGCAUGCAACUGUCGCGGUACCGUGGGUCUCGUGCAUGCCGAAUGCUUGGAAAGGUGGCUGACGGAAUCUGGACACAGUAGAUGCGAACUCUGCGGACAUAGAUAUGCUACCAAAAGAGUACCCAGACACAGUAUCUUGCGAAGUGUCAUCAUCUGGUUUAGAACUGUCAUAGCAACGCGGCAGAUGCUACUGGAUAUAAUUUAUCUAAUGGUAACAACGCCCCUGGCACUAUUUUCAUGUUACGUAUGUGCAUUGGCCCUGAGGAUGAUCUUGGAGUCAGGACUGUACGAGAUACCCUGGAUGAUAGUAGCCAUGUUGCCCACCUGCUCUUUGACUCUGGUAGCUUACUGGGGAUGGUUAAUUACACUAGGAAGGUUACAUGGACGACGCUGGCGUCGAUUCUGGCGAAACAAUUUCGUGGUUCGUCUGUUGCCUGAGAGAGGGUUGGUCUUCGCUAACGACGACGGCGAUCCUCGGCCAAUUUCCACGCCCAGUCGGAACCAACUGCCAAGAAAUCGCGAGGAGACGUUGGAACAGAAUCCAAUUGACGACAUGGAAGAUUUCUUAAGAAUCCUUUAACAAUUUAACCAUAGACUAUGUAGAGUCAUGGACGUACGAAGAUCGCCGUACUCGAUUUCCAUGUAUACGUGUAUAUACAAGGUUUAAGAAAAACAAAAAAGAAAAUUCUGAUAGAUCUUAUCAACUGUAUGAACAUUUACGACGUCGUUACUAGACCUCGUUGAGUCACGUUUCCUUUAAUCCUGCGAGGCAACCAGGAGUGUCUCUAAGGACUAAAUAAUUUAUGGCAACUGUCGGAGAAGGGACUGCGAGCACACAGAGAGAGAGAGAGAGAGAGAGAGAGAGAGAGAGGAGAACCAGUUCACUGGGUGAACAAGCCGAAGCCACGUUCUUCGCAUAAAUUGUCCUUUUACUUUUAUUUUCAACUUCGAUUCGACACAUCCAAUUGGAGAUGUUCAUUAGAACCUGUUAAAUGUCUUCAGAGUGGUUCUGAAAGAGGACUAGAAAGCUCAAGGUUUACCAUAUAAGAUUUAGGUAUUAAUUAUAAGCAGUUUCGGUAUCGAUUUUUGUUUCUUCUCUCAAGUCUUUUAUAUCCACUUCUUAUUUUUUUUAUAAAGAAAACAAAAUUUCACGAUCGCGUGAGAAGUCAGUGUGGGCGAUUUGCGAAUCGAAUCCGACUACCGGUUUGGCGGCUCAACUUAAAGCCUCUGCAAUCUCAUGUCCAUUCAUCGGUGCAACUGAUAAAACUUUCAAUUUGUCUUAUCAGCAGAUUUAUACCUGAAUCUAUCAGUUAUGCGCAUACCAAUCACAGAUAGGUAUGUUUCUUGAACAUAACGAGCAACGAGAGUCAUUAUUAUUAUAUAUUGAACAUUUCUUAUCGGUAAUAAAUUGACACGAUAUCUAAUUUAAUGGAAUCUCGAACAAAAUCCUUUUUAACAAUAAUAGAAAAAAAAAACUGACAUUUAACCUAAUCUCUAAACUCUUACGACGGUCCAUUGAUACCAAGGAUUUAAGACCUCUUUCUAAAGUUAGUCGUAUGCGAUACCCUACAUUAUCGCACAUUAAAAUGUAAACUGCCUUUAAGUUAUGGCUCGAUCAAAGUAAUUCUCAGACAACAUUCCGAGUCGCCUAAUAUCGCAGGACCUUUUGUAACGCAAGAAAAAAGGAAGAUGCUCGUUAAGGAUCCCGAAUCAUUAAAGCAACGAUCCUGCCAAAAGGAUAAUUAAAUUAAAUAACGUCAAUGGAUUCUGAUCCCAGUACUUAAAGUCGUCACGUUACUAAAAAAAAAAUAAUAAUAAUGCUCUCCCAAAUAGAAAAAAAAAUCAUUACAAUACAUAUAUUCGUAUAUAUUAUAAAGCAAAUUGUUUUCCCAACUGUCAUUCAGUGGCGUCGCUUUAGACACCCGGUGAUUAACCGUCGCCCACAUGAAUCCCGCAAGAACAAUAAUUGUUUGAUUUACAACGACGUAUUCGGUCGACUAUUUCGGUAUAGGAAUAGUAGCGAGAGGGUUAUGUCGUUUCCUAUAGAAAAACCGUCUAUUUUCGAGACUAGUCUAGGAGAGUCUCGUUUCCGUCCACGCAGCAUCUUCCUGCGUUACAGUCGCGUUAUUUUUAAUUGCCUAAACGUAAAAGCACGAGCGUCCAGAGACAGUACGAUCAAUAUCGUCCAGUGUUAAGGAUCCUUACGCGAUUAUAGAAAAUUCACAUGUAAAAGCCAACCUGAGGUAUACUGUCUUCCGGCGCGACAAAACACGAGGUUUAAUGCGUAUACAGCAAAAGGGUCGGAACGACGCUCGUAGCUCAUCGAGCGUUUAUUGAGCCGCCAUCUUUUCUUCUCUCUCUUGUGUUUGUUGGUAUUCCUGUAUUAUGCCGUCGCCCGGGACACGGAGGAAGAAAUGAAUCUUUUACGCGCCAUCUCCAGAAAUGCAUCCGGUAGAUCCUGCUGCAGUCGUAUGCACCGAUACCCGUAUACGAGUAUUCGUAAAAGUUGCUUGUGAUAUUUAAAAAUAUUAGCAUCACGCGGCAAAAGUCUACUACCGACCGGAAGUCACUUGAGAAUCUCAUGCUAUUAUAUCAAUAUAACAACAGCACUAGACUUAUCACCGUCGUAAUACUACGAAUAUACAAGUGAUGUAUAAAGCUAUGAAAUAACUCGUAUCCUUACCGGGAAUUCUCAAAGUGCGAUCCUAGUCGCUGGAAUAGAAUUAGCCUUAAAGCCACUGGCGUCUGCUGGGAGAUUCUGGGCGCGAAUUGCUCGCAUAAAUAAUUGCAACUU